AUGGAUCUUCUUCAUAGCAAUGGCGUGCUUAUCAUUCAGCAUUUACAGAGGGACUACAGGGCUUACCAGGAUUUCCUUAAUUUUAUGUCACAUGUUGGCGAUCCCCGGAAUAUAUUCUCAAUUUAUUUUCCUCUUUGGUUUCAGCUCAACCAAGUGGUUGGUACUAAAAUGAUAUGGGUGGCGGUAAUUGGUGAUUGGUUCAACCUCAUAUUUAAAUGGAUUUUAUUUGGCCAUCGCCCAUACUGGUGGGUGCAGGAAACAAUGAUUUACCCCAAUCAGUCAAGCCCAUGCCUUGAACAGUUUCCUAUAACAUGCGAAACUGGACCAGGAAGCCCAUCUGGACAUGCCAUGGGAUCUUCCUGUGUCUGGUAUGUAAUGGUCACAGCAGCACUUAGCUACACAGUUAGAUGGAAAGAUAAAUCAGCAGUUCCCCUUCACAGACUGACAUGGUCAUUCCUUUGGAGUGUUUUCUGGAUUAUCCAGAUCAGCGUGUGCAUCUCAAGAGUAUUCAUAGCAACACAUUUCCCUCAUCAAGUUAUUCUUGGAGUAUUUGCUGGUAUUCUUGUGGCAGAAGCAUUUGAGCAUACCCCUGCUAUUCAGACAGCAAGCUUGAGAAUGUACAUCAAGACAAACUUGUUUCUUUUUAUCUUUGCCCUUGGCUUUUAUCUAGUCCUCAAGCUUCUUGAUAUUGACUUGCUAUGGUCUGUUCCAAAGGCCAAGAAGUGGUGUGCCAACCCAAACUGGAUAAACAUUGACACAACUCCAUUUGCUGGGCUGGUGAGGAAUUUAGGUGCACUCUUUGGCUUAGGUCUCGGAAUUAAUUCUGAAAUGUUCAUCUUGAGCUGCAAAGGUAAAAACAGCUGUAAGAUAAGUUUCCGCAUAUUGUGCAUAGCUGCUUCUUUAGCUACACUGCAGCUGUACAAUUUUGUUAAGAUACCUACUCAUACUGAGUAUCUGUUCUACAUUCUCUCUUUUUGUAAGAGUGCAGCUAUGCCUCUGACUGUAGUUGCCUUGGUUCCAUACUGUGUCCACUCAUUAAUGAGGACAACUGAAAAGAAACUUAAUUAG